AUGGUGGGCAAGGGACCUGGACUGUACUCCGAUAUCGGCAAGCGAGCUCGAGAUCUGCUGAAUAGGGAUUUUCAGAGCGACCAGAAGUUGACAGUCACCACCGUCUCGCCCACCGGAGUUACUCUCACUUCGUCGGGAACAAAGAAAGGUGAUAUUUUUCUUGCUGAUAUCAACACUCAACUGAAGCACAAGAAUGUCACCACUGAUAUUAAAGUUGAUACUGCUUCCAAUCUCUUCACCACUUUCACAAUUGACGAGCCUGCCCCUGGCCUGAAAGCAAUCUUCAGCUUACGAAUUCCCGAUCAAAGGUCUGGAAAGCUUGAACUUCAAUAUUUGAAUGACUAUGCUGGGCUAAGCUCAAGCGUUGGUUUGACCGCAAAUCCCAUUGUUAACUUCUCGGGUGUUGUGGGCAACAACAAACUCGCUCUUGGUGGUGACGUGUCCUUUGACUCCAAAGAAGGUACCUUAGCGAAAUGCAAUUUCGGAGCAAGUUUCGCCAGUGCAGAUCUUAUUGCUGCCUUGACAUUGAACGAUAAGGGAGAUAAGCUGAGUGCAUCAUAUUACCACACGGUGAGCCCGCUGACCAACACAGCUGUGGGUGCAGAGAUUACCCACAGCUUCUCGAGCAAUGAGAACACCAUAACAGUCGGCACUCAGCACUCGCUUGAUCCGUUGACCUCGGUCAAAGCCCGAGUCAACAACUUUGGCAGAGCGAGUGCCUUGAUCCAGCACGAGUGGAGACCAAAAUCGCUAAUCACCCUCUCAACUGAGGUUGACACAAAGUCUAUCGAUAAAAGUGCCAAGUUCGGGCUGGCUCUUGCCCUGAAGCCUUGA